AUGCCCACAGCAAAGGCCACAUGUCUGAUGGAGACCAAGGCCACCUUGUGUGACCUGUGUGGCUCUUCUGGAAAGGGAUCAACACUGAACUGUGCAUCAGACGUGGACUUGGUCCUGUUCCUGAGCUGCUUCUCCAGUUUCCAAAGCCAGGGGUUUCUCCGUCAACACAUCAUUAACUUUAUAAAGUUGAAAUUUACCCAGUAUAGCAAGAAACUGGCCUACAACAUCAGCAUAGGAGAAGAGGGGCCCCGAUCCCUGUCCUUCCAGGUACAGGCCAAGAAGGACAGUGACAUUAUUAAAGUGGACGUGCUCCCAGCUUUUGAUGCCCUGGGAAACAUGCCUGCAGAUACAUCGAAACCAUCACCAAAAAUCUAUAAAAACUUAAUAAACAGCUAUUCCCACCCUGGGGAGUUCUCACAGAGCUUCGUGGUAUUGCAGAGACACUUUGUGAAGAGUGUCCCUGUUAAGCUCGAGAAUCUGCUGCGGCUGGUGAAACACUGGUGACUUCAGUGUUUGAAACCUAAAUAUGGAAGAGUAGCAUUGCCUUCAAAAUAUGAAGUGGAGCUACUGACGAUCUACUCCUGGGAAAUGGGUACAAGUGAAAGUGAGAACUUCAACCUGGAUGUAGGAUUAAUAUCUGUGAUGAAAUUCCUGACCAAAGAUGGAGCUGUCUGCAUAUAUUGGGCAAAGUACUAUGAUUUCCGAAAUAAGGUUGUCAGAACCUUUAUCAAACAACAGUUAAAAGAAAGCAGUCCUGAGCACAGUGGAAACCCCCUCCCCUUCUUGAUACUGGACCCAGUUGAUCCCACCAACAACCUGGGGAAAGCAAGGGGCUGGGAUCUGGUGGCCAAGGAGGUUGCUUACUGCCCGGAGCAGGCCUGUUGCAGAACUGAUGACCCCACUGAAGGCUGGAACAUACAGCCAGCCAGGGACAUCCCAGUGACAGUAAGACAGAGAGGGGAAGAAGCCUACACACUCUUGGUGAAUCCCUACCAACCCAUCUGGAAGAUGAAAGUGGAGAAGAAAUAUCAUUUCAGCAGGAGGCAGCGUCUCUCCUUCCAGGACCCUGACAACAGUGGGGAACGGGAGCUGCUUAGCAGGCGGAAGUCGCAGGCGGAUUACGGGAUCUUCUCCAAGGUGUCCAUCUGGGGGUUAGAGACCUUCCCUGCAGAGAUCCAGGUCUUUGUGAAGGGGUCCAGUGGUCUGAGCAAACCUCAUGCUGUCCAUCCUGAUGAUACCACCCAGGACUUGAAAUGUAAGAUUGAGGAGGCGGGAGGGCCUCUCGCUCACAGUCAGUCACUAAAGCUCCCCAAUCGGAAAGUGUGGAGCAACAGCCGCCUUUCGGCCCUGCAGAUCAAGGACUGUGACACCGCCAUGAUGUUCAUCAGGGGAGAAAACUGGUCCCCAUGA